AUGGCCGCUCCGUCGGAGACUAGUGGUCGUGCUGCUGCUGCUGCUGCUGCUGCUGCUGCUGCUGCGAAGGGAGGUUCGGGCUCAAAGGCCGUUUUGGCCUCAGCCCGUGCGGCGCUCUUGGCUCACCAGGCUGAGCGGGCAGCCCAGCUCUUUCUCACGUACAUUGGUCAGGUGCCUACCGCAAUUCAGGAACCUGAUCUUGCUCUGGAGGCUGCCACUGCCGUGCGUACGUACGCCUGGGAGCUCUUGGACACAGAUCGAGCCGCUAGUGCAUGCUGGAUAUACGACAAUGCGCUGCGCAUGCUGCCCGUUCCCGCUGCUGUCUGUGAUGCUGCACACGUGUACAUGGCCGCGGCACGUCCGCGCGCCGCCUUUGCUGCCCUGCACGCAGCACUGCAUCGACCAGCCACCCGAGCUGAGCGCCAUCAACUCGAAGCCACGCUUGAUUAUCUGCGCUCUCGGGCGAUUGACCGCUGGCACUUUCCCAUGGUAAACGAUACCCUGCGGAACCGGCGAUAUCAGCAGGCCAUUCGCCGGGCCAUUGAGCGCUUCAGAGCACAUUACGGCCGUGCACCCGUCGUCUUAGACAUUGGUGCUGGUACAGGCUUGUUGAGUCUCUAUGCCUCUGUUGCUGGCGCGCAGCACGUCUUUGCGUGCGAAAUGAACGUCCUUCUUGCCGAUGUGGCUCGCCAGUGUGUCGCUCGCCACCAACGCUCCCACUGUAUCACCGUUCUUGAAUGCCACUCAACUACGCUGCAACGAGGCAUGCCCGUGCCGCUUUCAGCGUUGCCGCAGCAAGCCACCGCUGCACCGCACUCCCAGACACUGAUCCCUGCUUCGGGCUUUGAUCUCAUUCUCACCGAGCUGAUGGAUGCUGGCCUGCUCGGCGAGCAGAUAGUACCCGUGCUCGACCAUGCACGGAAUCAUCUUGCGGCCCCGGGCUGUAUGUUCAUCCCCGAAGCGGCCUGCUUGGGCUUGACUCUUGUGCAUGAUCCUGUCACCAGCCGGCGUUGCCAUGCACCGCCCCUACCGGCGCCCACCGCUAUUGUCCCCACCCUUGCGGACAGCUACUCGUGCGUGCGUUGGGACUGGUUCGAGAGUCCCCACGUCCGACACGACUGCUCUUUUAUCUGGCCUGAUUAUGAACUUGAUUUAACACGAGUGCAACCCCGGAUAGACUUGCGCGUGACUCUUCCCACCACUCACUUGGACGGCGAUUCACGUGCCUACUUUGUUGCCCUAACUUGGCAAGUGCGGCUGUGCGGCGCUGCCGGCGACAAGCCGGCACUUUGGCUGGCAGCGAGCCCCCACCCCCUCCCAGGUGCACCACACGAGGCAUCACCUUCACUUUGCUGGGACGUGGCCUACUAUCCACUAGUACCUUCAGGGUCCCGACUUGCUCCUCAGGACGCGCAUACCAGCUCAACACCGAGCGCGCCACACACAAAUUCGAGCCAGGGUGCGCCCAUCGAGCUAGACGUGGCCAUUCUGCCCAGUCAAGUUGCAAUCAAUUGGCGCAUCUCCCAGCAAGCAGCACGCCCACUGGCUGCCACCCCACAAAUACCCAUGGGUGAACAUGAUCUGCUCGCUCUCAACGAUCAAGCUUACCAAGACUGGAUGAGCCGUGACGUGCAGCGUGCUUUGAUACGGGCAUCAGGUGAUGCGCCGCCCCCCGGCCUUUUGGCAAGCCAACUCGCAGAGAGAACUGUCGUUUUAGCUGUGGCCAUUGUCUGGGAUGGGCAAAGCACCUGGCCACUCCACGCUCGCCAACAGUGGCUCUCUCAGCGGCCCGCGCACGCCCACGUUGUUUGGCACCUGCUGCCUUUGGCUGAGACCGAGGUGGGGAUGUGCGUUAUUGCCGCCAGCGAAGCCUGGGCUGACUUUCAUGUCCACGCACCAAGCACUGCCGCUUCGGCGGGAACUCUUGAUGUAGCAUGGGAUCUCGUGGCUGCCGAUGUGUGGGAAUUGUCUGGCCAGGUACGCACUGAAGCCUUGCACCUGGUACAGCAGCUGCAAGCCAUGUGUCCCCGGGUCGCCGUAGUCCCGGCAGCAGUUCAUCUGGAUCUGCAGCCCGUGCCUCGAGCUGUGUGGGCUCACUGGAACGAGGUGCGCUUGGAGGAGGCAGAACUGCUGGACGUGCGGCAGCUCAAUGCUUACGGACUGCCCGAGGUUGCAGAUGAGGCGCCGGCACUGUUGUGGCGAGCUGCGCACCACACCUGCACGCUCGCUCUCAGUGAGGCAGCGACGCGCUCGCCACCAGAGUGGUGCUUCACCUUGCCGCCAGCUCUCCAGUUGGAUGGACAAGCCUUGGCUUAUCAGCUGCGUUUGGCCUCUGCGGCAGGCGAGCCAGACUUGAAUCCGGCCGAGACGCUGCGACGCCUGGCCGUGUUGAGAGUGCCCAGUGCUGCGCGUGGCCUUGCCUUGUAUGUUCGACCAAUAGCCGGCUUGACCAUCGAGGCUCAGCCUUAG